UUGAUGUGGCCGUGGAGCUUUAUCUUUAGUCUCCCAAACUAUACCAUGAAAUCAGCCUCUCCAUUCGUGACAUUUAGUUAGAAUGUAGUAAUUAUUAUCCAUUAUAAAUAUCACCUUUCUGAAAAUCUCAUGAACAAAAGGAAAAAAACAUUUGUCUUUAGUUUACAUCUGUCAUCAUGCUGCUUCAAAUUGGGAUCUUUCUACUACUCAUUUGCACCCUCAAGUUUAUCUAUUCAAUCAUAUGGGUCCCUUUAAGAAUUCAACACCAUUUCAAGAAGCAAGGCAUCGGAGGCCCUGCCUACCGUCUGAUCUUCGGAAACACGGCAGAGAUGCGCCGUUUACAAGCCGAGGGAAACUCAAAGCCGACGUCGUUGUUUAAUCAUGAUGUGGUUGAUCGUAUACUUCCAUUUUACUACAAAUGGUCGAGCGUGUAUGGGAAGACAUUUGUUUACUGGUUCGGGUGCAGGCCAAUGUUAGCUGUGUUCGACCCGGACUUGGUUAAGAAUGUUUUGAUGAACUCAGGUGGCUCUUUUCAUAUGGUCGACCGAAACCCUCAGGCUAAGUUGCUGUUUGGUGAAGGAAUUGUGGGCCUUGAAGGUGAUAAGUGGGCCUUUCACAGAAAAUAUAUAAACCAGGCUUUUAACAUGGAGCGGGUUAAGGAAUGGGUGCCAGAUAUUGUGGCUAGCACCAGGGAGAUGAUUAGAAAAUGGAAAAAAAUAAUGGGAGACAAAGAUGAAUUUGAGAUGGAAGUGAAUAAAGAACUUCAUGAACUUUCGGCAGAUGUUAUUUCAAGAACUGCUUUUGGUAGCAAUUUUGAACAAGGCAAACAUAUAUUUGCAUCACAAGAUCGACUUACGCACCUUCAUUCUUUGGCUGUUAGAAGUGUUUAUAUUCCUGGUUUUAGGUUCUUGCCUACCAAUAAGAAUAAAGAAAGGUGGAGAAUAAACAAGGAAACUCGUGAAGCGAUAAGGACUUUGAUCCGAACUAACACUAGAGAAAAAGAGAAUGCAAGAAAUCUACUUACUUCGCUAAUGUCUCCGUACAAAAAUCAAGACGAAAAGGAAGAAAGAUUAUCAGAAGAGGAGAUUAUAGAUGAAUGCAAGACGGUCUAUUUUGGAGGAAAAGAAACUGUUGCCAACCUUAUGACAUGGGCACUUCUUCUUUUAGCAUUACACCCCGAAUGGCAAGACAAGGCACGCGAAGAAGUUUCUCGAACCUUCGGAAAUAAUAACUUCCCGGUUGCGGAAAAUCUGAGCGCGCUUAAAAUUGUAAGCUCCGUAAUCGAUGAAACACUUCGGCUCUACCCACCAGCUCCGUUAUUAGUGAGGCAGGUUGGUAAUAGAAGUGCUCAACUCGGAAAUAUUGAUAUUCCUGCGCGAACACAACUCUAUUUGCCAAUGGCGGCAAUCCACCAUGAUCCUGAUAUAUGGGGUGAAGAUGCUAACGAGUUCAAUCCUUUGCGAUUUAACGAGUCUCGAAGGCACUUGGCUUCACUUUUCCCAUUUGGAAUAGGACCCAGAAUUUGUCCUGGUCGAAAUUUAGCCCUUUUUGAAGCCAAAAUUGUGUUAGCUAUGAUCAUCAAACAAUUCUCUUUUAGAUUGUCACCAACGUAUGUUCAUGCUCCAAUGCAGUUCAUAAGCUUGAUGCCUCAACAUGGUGCGCAAAUCAUCUUCAAUAGAAUUUCAAGUUGACGUGCUUCUGUCCUAUUUGAAUGUUGUAUUAUGAUUAUCUUGAAAUAAUUAGUUAUUGAGUUUGAAACUUGAAAUUAUUGUUCUUUAAUUCCAAAGUUCACACAAAAUGUGAUCAAGUGGGCUAUUUGCUUGUAAGGCUGCCAUAUAAAAUAGCAGAUCGUUGUGCAAAGUUUAUAGGUUUAACGGUUUUCAUGGACGGUGUUAAUGA